AUGUGGUCUAACUUUUUCAUGCAGCAGGAAGAGGAUACACGAUUGGGUGGGCAUGUGGGAAUAGGGGCAGGGGCUGGGGCCAGGGGAGGGGGUGGGCGCAGUAAAAACAGACCCAGGCCCUCACACAUGAGUGACAGCCAGGAGGGCAAGAUCAAGAUGGCAUUUUUUGUGGCAAUUGUGGGUGUGACUCUGACUGUACUGGGCCUGGGCACAGAGUUCUGGGUGGAGCUGGCACAGCCCAAACACUUCCAAAACAACCAGUCAUGUCAGAUGGUGCACUAUGGCCUAUGGAAGGCCUGCACGCGCACACUCUGGGUGUCUGACAUUGACCCAGAGAGAGAGAGUUGCGGCCCGGCAGAGCUGCCUGGAGAAUCUAACUGCACAUACUUUAAGUUCUACACUUCGGGAGAAAAUGCAGUCAUUUUUCAGAAAACAUCAGAUAUAAAUUUGAGUCUGGCAUCAGCGAUGUUGGCACUGUUCAGUUUGUUUCUAAUGGUGAUGGGCUCUGUGUGUAUUAUCAUGUCUCUCUCAAAGAAUGUACCCUUCCUCCUCAAGCCUGCUUCUGUCUGCUUUCUCAUCUCAGGCAUCCUGAUCCUGCUGUCCAUCAUAGUUUUCCACCAGUCAGUACUGGCAUUGCUGGCGAGUGAUCACAGUGUCCCUCUACACUAUGAGCUGUCCUGGUCAGUGGCAUGUGUAGGCUCGGCCGGGGCCAUCCUACUUGUUGGCGGCAUUCUCUUCCUGUUGCUUUCUUUACCCUUCAAUCCUUUCAAGAAAUGUAUACUACAUCAAAAUGGCAGUGACUAGCAGACUGGACUUUUUUUUAAACUUAAAGAUAUUAAUAAGCUGACAGAAUUAAAGACUGAUAGGUUGCAAAGACUGGCAACGACAACUGAUUGACACCAGAUUUUAGAAAAUGCUGAAUUAAGCACUUAAUGCCCACUUUCUUGGGUAAGCUACCGUAUAUGAAGAAUAAAGCUUGGGUUGUUUGAUUUUUAUUAGAUAAAAAGACACUAGUCAGCUGUUACUGUUAAGGGACAUAGUUUUCAAAAGCUGCAUUCACGAUGUCCAAGAACUCCACUCUGAACGUUUUUCUUACCUCAAAAUCUU